AUGGGCUCGUCGCCCGAGCCUGAGGUCGAGUCGUAUCCGCAGGACAGCAACCCGCAGCAGCAGCAGAAGCGCAAGGGCGGACGCAAACCUAUCUAUGCUACGUCCGAAGAACGGAAGCAGCGCAACAGGCAAGCGCAAGCAGCCUUCCGCGAGAGGAGGACAGAGUACAUCAAGCAGCUAGAGGCUACCAUCAAGCAACAUGAAGACACGCUGCAGGCGCUUCAGGCGAAUCACCGCACCGCGGCAGAUGAAUGCCUCAUGCUGAGGUACAAGAACUCGCUGCUGGAGAGGAUACUACUAGAGAAAGGUAUCGAUGUAAAUGCUGAACUCCGCGCCAAAACUGGCAGUCCCAACAUGGGCGCCGCUCGUAUGCCUCCCCCAGCAACUGCACCGGCUCACUCUCCCAUGCAACGCGCGAUCAUGAAUAGGCAGCAGGCUAGGCGCUCUCUUGUUGGCAUGCCUCCCAAGGUAGAAGGUGUGCAAGGCGCGCCAUUUGCUCACCCCGAGGGUCUCCUCUCAAGUCGUUCACCACAUUCGCAGCCCACUCCCACUUCCAGCGGAUCUUCGCCAUCGACGGCCGCGACGCAGUCACCAAACUUCGUGCCUCAAGGGGUCUCGCCAAACAUCGGCCCAGUCGGGCACCAGCCACACUUGCGGCCGCAGCAGCCUAGAACACAACUCGCGCCUUUGCAGCGGGGUCCCCCUCAGCGACCAUCCGUCGUCACAAGCCAUGCCAGCUCGAGUUCCACCGUCAGCAGUGCUUUAGGAGGUGAACAGGAGUACGAUGCCGCAGCCGAUAUGUACGACGACCAAGACACAAGCGAGCACUCGGCUGGCCCUGGGCCGUAUCCGCAAACGUUUCCGCCGCAGAUGCCUGCGCAGGGCAUUCAGCCGCCGACGCACAACAUCGCCCAGCAAAUUCACGCAGCGGCAGGUGGUCGGCCGGCCGAUCAUGCGAACUUUGGCGGCGUACCGCAGAUGUUUGACGCCUACGAUUCGAUGCUAGAUGCAGACCCGUUCGGACUGACGGCGAGCAUGCAUUUCCCGACUCAGUUCUCGUACGAGACGAGAUAA